AUGCCUAAACGCAAGCUCGACGAAGUUAGCGGCCCUGCGCCCCCGCGGCCGUCCAGCGAUACCCGCAAAAUGUCCAUUCACGGCACACGGUUGACGCAAAUGUUCGAGAACGGCGUGUUGAUGAUCAUGCGUGGUCUCAAGACAUCGCGCGGCUUUGAGCGACAAAAGCUCAGUCGGCGCGAGAAAACAGCGAAGGCGCAGAAGGACGAUAAGGCUUUGGCGCGACUAAAGGAAGAAAUCGAGACUUUGAAGGGUCUCGAUUACCAUGUCACAUCCGAACGAUACCUGUUCAAGCAACUUAUCAGGACGAAGCGGAUUGCAGAAACGCGGACAUUUGGCGAGUUCCAGGCCGUCAAGAAAGUCUCCCAGGAAGGACCGAAGAGUACCGCCGAAGCGAAUAUCCUAGCGCGACUAUUCAAAUCGACUCCCGUGCAGAAAGAAAUGCCUGGCAUCAUGGCCGGAAUUCGGAAAUUACUGCGAGUGGACGAGUUGCCGAGCAAGGCGACAAAAGAGGAUACCAAAAAGGAUGCGCCAAAGAAGGCAAAGAAAAACGACGGAUCCGAGUCUGAAUCAGAGGCGACGUCAAAAGCCAGGCGCGGCGAGCAGGUCUCCCGCCCCGCGAAGGACAUGGACAUCUCCGGCUCCGACGAAUCCGGAGACGAAGAAAUCUCACAAUUCGACUCGCGACUUGGACCAGGCUCAGACUCCGAAGCUGACUCGGAAUCCGGCGAUGAGGAAGAUCGCGCCGCAGACGAUAUCUCAGACUCUAUCUCCCGUUCACCAUCACCAUCCUUCUCCGCUGCAGACUCUCCGCCACCUAAGAAAGUAAAGGCAGCUAAGGGUACUGCUGCGCCAGUGAAAAGCACCACAUUCUUGCCGACUCUAAUGAGCGGUUACUGGUCUGGCUCGGAAGAAGCUACUGAUGAGGAAGAUUCUGGCGCGAAGCCUGUCCGCAAGAACCGUAUGGGUCAACAGGCGCGUCGGGCUUUGUGGGAGAAGAAGUUCGGAGCUACUGCAAACCACGUCAAGCAGGAGCAGCUGGCUGCGAAGUAUGGUGGGAGAGAUAAUGGAUGGGAUACGAAGCGCGGUGCAACCGACGGUGCUAGAGGAGGGAGAGGAGGGAGAGGGGGCAGACGUGGUGGUUUCGGGGGUGGAGCUGGACGGUCUCAGGACAGAGAUGGCCCUGCUGGUGCUCCUCACUCUGGGUACGGUGGCAAGCCUAAAGGUCCGCCCAAGGAUGAGGGCCCGUUGCAUCCUUCUUGGGAGGCAAAGCGGAAGGCCAAGGAGCAGGUUGCGGCUACUUUCUCUGGAACGAAGGUUACUUUCGAUUAG